AUGUUCGGCAUUGGGCAGGGUCUCAAGGCUAGGGUGAUGAGCGGUGUGUCUUUUCUCACUGCAUCUCGACAAACUUCCUAUUUAGGCCACUUGAAACCAAAUGAAGGUGCCGUAGUUUCGUACAAGAGAUUAGGUAGAGGUCCAGCUUCGGGCAAGGGUAAGACUUCGGGAAGAGGUCAGAAGGGUCAAAAAGCAAGAGGAAAAGUACCUAGAUGGUUAGAGGGUGGUCAAACGCCAUUCUACAAGAGAUUUCCUAUCAUAGGCUUCAAGAGACCUCAUAGAAGAGUGUAUCACGAAGUGAAUUUAGCUAGAAUCCAGGACUUGUGGAAUACCGGGAGGAUUCCUUUGAAGGAAGGAGAAACUUUGACCAUCAAAACAAUGAAGGAAUGCGGUUUACUUACAGGUACUUUGAAGGAUGGUGUCAAGAUAUUGGCCAACGGCGUAGAAGACUAUAAUGUUCCAUUGAGUAUUGAAGCUCUGAGAGCCUCUAGCCAUGCCAUAGAAGCCAUCGAGGCUUUGGGCCACAAUUUCACAGCCAGAUACUUCACGACUUUGGGAUUGAAAGCUCAUAUUUAUCCCGAUCUUUUCUUAUUAAAGAAGGGAUACGUUCCAUUACAGGCUAGACCUACUCACAGAAGAGACAUCGAGUACUACUCCAGUGCCGCGAAGAGAGGAUACUUGUUGAAAGACACUUCUUUGUUAUUGGACCAUUUGAAGGGAAACAAGGUCAACAAGAAAGCACAGCUUCGUCAAAGUGCCUUGGAGAAACAGUUGGAAACAGCUUCCAGCAAGAAAUACUCUGACGAGUCGAGACUCGUCUCAUUGGCUGAUCUCUUGGGAGAUCGCCCCUGUAAAUAG